AUGAGGGUGACUGUCAGGGGCUCCCCAGCCGCUUUUGCGGCUGGUGGGGGGGCGACAACGACCAGCAGUAGAGUCUCGGAAGGCGAAGGAGCAGCAGCUGCCACUGUGGUACCUAGCUCCGUGCAGCUGGCGCUGAGCAUCCUGCAUACCUUGCUAUACGCUGCCCUCUUCUCAUUUGCCUACCUGCAGCUGUGGCGGUUGCUUCUUUACCGAGAGCGGCGGCUGAGUUACCAGAGCCUCUGCCUCUUCCUCUGCCUUUUGUGGGCAGCACUCAGGACCACUCUUUUCUCAGCUGCCUUUUCCCUGGGCGGCUCCCUGCCCCUUCUCUGGCCGCCCUCUAACCUCCAUUUCUUCUCCCGCUGGCUACUCUACUGCUUUCCUUCCUGCCUCCAAUUCUCCACACUCUGUCUCCUCAACCUCUACCUGGCAGAGAUUAUUUGUAAAGUCAGAUGUGCAGCUGAACUUGACAAAAACAAAAUUCUUCUACAUCUGGGAUUUAUGUUGGCAAGCCUUCUCUUUUGGGUGGCUAACUUAACUUGUUCAAUGUUAGUUCAUGGAGAUAUUUCAGAAAAUCAAUUGAAAUGGACAAUAUUUGCUCAAGCACUGAUUAGUGAUAGCCUUGUUAUUCUUUGUGCCAUUUCAUUAGUUAGUUACACUUUCAAAAUUGCAAAAAUGUCAUCAGCAAAUGCCUACCUCAAAUCAAAGGGAACCUCUGUGUGUCAGACUGUUACAGUAGGCUCUGUAGUCAUUCUUCUCUACUCCUCAAGAGCUUGUUAUAAUUUGGUGGUGAUUACUCUAUCUCAGGAUACCAUAGAAAGUCCAUUUAAUUAUGGAUGGGAUAAUCUUUCAGAAAAGAAUCAUGUGGAAGACAUCAGUGGAGAAGAAUAUGUAGUGUUUGGCAUGAUCCUCUUUUUGUGGGAACAUAUACCAGCCUGGUUGAUGGUACUAUUUUUCAGAGCACAGAGGCCAAACCAGAAUUUGGCCCCUGAUGGUAUUGUAAAUAGUCACAGUUAUACUUCCAGAGCUUACUUUUUCGACAAUCCAAGACGGUAUGAUAGUGAUGAUGACUUGCCAAGACUUGGAGGUUCAAGAGAAGGAAGUUUAUCUAAUUCACAAGGCUUGGGUUGGUAUGGAACCAUAACUGGAAGUGACAACAACAGUUUCAUAGUCAAUCCUCAUCUGAAUGGACCAACAUCAGAUUCUGCUCCCUUGCUCUUUACUUGUGGUAACUUAGAUAUGAACAAUCAUCAUAGUUUAUAUUCAACUCCACAAAACUGAAUAUCACCAAAAUCCAUAUUCCUAAAGAGGCUUUCAUGAGUAUGUAUUUUCAAAGUAUUUUGGCUUUAUCCAC